AUGCGGCCUUCGGUUUCGGCCGUGACAGCUCCGGUACCAAAGUCGCUUCUCACGCCCGACAGACCGCCUCCUUGUCAGGAAAGCCCCGGCCACAGAGCUCACCGGCCAGCUGUACCUAGCUCACACAACGAAAAGACCAGUACUCAGCUCGCCACCCCGGAUAGCAGCCUGCAGCAAGCCGCCAGCUCCCAGAUGGCCACAGCAACUCACCUUCCCCGUGCCCCGGCCCUGCAGGCUCGGCCCGGCUCCUCACACGGGGACGUCACCCCCGCCCCCGUGCGGCUCUUCACCGAGCCCGAGCUGGCCAGAUACGACGGGCAGCAGGAAGGACAGCCCAUUUACCUGGCGGUGAAGGGAGUAGUAUUUGAUGUCACUUCUGGAAAAGAAUUUUAUGGCAAAGGAGCCCCAUACAAUGCUUUGGUUGGGAAAGACUCGACAAGAGGAGUUGCAAAGAUGUCCCUGGAUCCAGCAGAUCUUACACAUGACAUAACAGGACUCACAGACGAGGAACUGAAGUCCCUGGACGAUAUCUUCAAUAAUGUUUAUAAGGCCAAAUAUCCAAUUGUUGGCUAUACUUCUCGACGGAUUCUGAAUGAGGAUGGCAGCCCCAAUCUAGACUUUAAACCCGAAGAUCAGCCACAUUUCAACAUUAAAGAUGAGUUUUGA